UUCCUCAGGCAUCAGAGCAGAGACCGCAGGGGGUGCAAAGUGCAGAGCCCAGUUUGCCAGGCUCGCAGCUGGAGGCCCUGCCAUGGCACCCCCAAAGCCCCUUCUGAUGCUGGCCAUGCUGGCGUGGGCUGUACUGGCUGACCAAGAGUCGUGCAAAGGCCGCUGCACUGAGGGCUUCAACUCCGACAGGAAGUGUCAAUGCGACGAGCUCUGCUCUUACUACCAGAGCUGCUGCGCCGACUACCAGGCUGAGUGCAAGCCUCAAGUGACUCGCGGGGAUGUAUUCACUCUGCCAGAAGAUCAGUACGGGGUCUAUGACUACCACGAGGAGACCGGCGUCCCACUACCGUCAGAGACCCCUAUCCAGAGCCCUGACCUGCAGGCCAAGCCUGAAGAGACUUUUGAGCAGGCACCUGUUCUAAACCGUGAGGAAGAGGACCCAGGACCUGGGCAGGGCAGCUCAGUGCCUGAUGCAGGGCCUCUAAGGCCUGAGGCGGGGCCCCUAAAGCCUGAGACCACUGAUCAAGAGAUCUCUGAGUCCGCAGCAGAGGAGGAGCUGUGCAGUGGGAAGCCCUUUGACGCCUUCACUGACCUCAAGAAUGGUUCCCUCUUUGCCUUCCGAGGGAAGUACUGCUAUGAGCUGGAUGAAAAGGCAGUGAGGCCUGGGUACCCCAAACUCAUCCAAGAUGUCUGGGGCAUCGAGGGCCCCAUUGAUGCCGCCUUCACCCGCAUCAACUGUCAGGGGAAGACUUACCUCUUCAAGGGUAGUCAGUACUGGCGCUUCGAGGAUGGUGUCCUGGACCCCGAUUACCCCCGCAACAUCUCUGAAGGCUUCAGUGGCAUUCCAGACAACGUGGACGCAGCCUUGGCCCUCCCUGCUCAUAGCUACAGUGGCCGGGAGCGGGUCUACUUUUUCAAGGGGAAACAGUACUGGGAGUACCACUUCCAGCAACAGCCCAGUCAGGAGGAGUGUGAAGGCAGCUCCCUGUCGACCGUGUUUGAACACUUUGCCCUGAUGCAGCAGCACACCUGGGAAGACAUCUUCAGACUUCUCUUCAGGGACACUUCCUCUGGUGGUACUGGACAGCCCCAGUUCAUCAGCCAGGACUGGCCUGGUGUGCCCACGCAAGUGGAUGCGGCCAUGGCUGGCCACAUCUACAUCUCAGGCUCAGCUUCCCGCUCCUCCUGGGUCAAGAAGCCCAAGUCAGCACGUCGCAACCGUAAACGCUAUCGGUCACGCGGUGGCCGUGGCCGCAGCCGCAGCCGCAGCCAGAGCCCCCGCCGGCAAUCCCGUUCAGCCUGGCUGUCCUGGUUCUCCAGUGAGGAGAGCGGCGUGGGAGCCUACAACUAUGACUAUAACUAUGAGAUGGACUUGUUUAUGCCUGCCACCUGCGAGCCCAUCCAGAGCGUCUACUUCUUCUCAGGAGACCAGUAUUACCGAGUCAACCUUCGCACACGGCAAGUGGACACUGUGAGACCUCCCUACCCACGCUCUAUCGCCCAGUACUGGCUGGGCUGCCCAGCCCCUGACGAGAAGUAGGAGUCUGAGCCCACACAGCUGGGCCCUCCGCUGCUCCCUCCUCUGACCUCCUCCUCCCAGCCCAAUAAAGAUCGCUUGGCCCUGA